CCCUGUAUACCUACUGUAUCCUCUAUAUAAUCACAUAUCCCUGUAUACCUACUGUAUCCUCUAUAUAACCACAUAUCCCUGUAUACCUACAGUAUCCUCUAUAUCACCACAUAUCCCUGUAUACCUACAGUAUCCUCUAUAUAACCACAUAUCCCUGUAUACCUACAGUAUCCUCUAUAUCACCACAUAUCCUCUAUAUAAGUACAGUAUUAAUACAACACAUCCUGGCUGUCACUAUACACAGUAUACGCUCGGUAUAUACGGGUUAGCCGUACUCAUCCUCGCCACCAGGUGGAGCCGUUGUAUAUAUAAAAACAGUGUAGCGCCGAAUGCGCAUGCGUGAUUGCUCCAGGCCCGAACCACGUGCGCAGACCUCUAGGUCACAUGUCUUCUGUGUAAUAAAGAUGCGACCGACGUGGAGCAGGUCACGUGACACACAUGUUCCUGAAAACUCUGAUCAAUGGAGGGACGAGGUUUCUUUCGCGGCCUUUGUUCAGUUCCAGGGUAUUCAGGGGUCAGGACGUCCCCCAUGAGGAGCCACAUGGAGCGGUCACUGCCGCUGAGGACCCGCAGCCUCCCGACCAUGUGACACCUAACCACACAAGAGGCGAUGCCAGGAGAGUGAGCAGACGAGAUAGUGCCACCCAUGCCAGCUUUAUAAAGCCUGAUGUCUCCAUAGAGCGCCUGCAGGCGGCGGACAGCGUUGUCUCAAUUGUGUUUGGUAUGAAGCGUCUGGCCUGGGCCCAUGUAGACCGCUCCCUGACUGUCACAUCCUGGCACCAACAUGAAUGGCUACACCUGAUGAAGGGGCGACAGCACCCUGACCUCUACCUGGAAGAUGUAAGUGUCAAUGAUGUAGUACCGCCGGCCGUGUCUGUCCUUGGGUUGAUUGCUGCUCCUGCUUCUUCUCCUCAGGUGUCUUCAGCAGUCUCCCGGUUCCCGUCAGCUGACCUCUACAUCCUGGAGAGAAGCUCGCUCUCUGCCCAGAACGCUGCCAUGUUUCCGGUGACAUUGCACUUGCGGAUUGUGGAAGCCAUGUUGUAUGCGCUGCUGAACCCGACAUAUAGCAUGGAGCGGGAGCACCGGGUGUUCAGCCUGGGCCGGACUACGGUGGGGAAGCACUUUGACAUCAUGGUGGGGGGGUCUAAAACCAGUGGGGUGGACUUAGUGCAGCGCCUGGUGGAGGAGGCCGGUGUCCUGGCGCAGCCGCGCAUCCACUUCACCCCAGAACUCGUCUCCCAGUACAAGAACAAACUCCACCCCCGAGGACAGAACCGCAACGAGGAGAUGUGCGACGCUCUGCUACAGGCCUUGGCCUUCUAUGAGCUGCUCUACAAGUAGAGACCCCCUCCUCAUCUCCUGUGCUGCGGGGGAGGGCGGGGCUCUAAUCUGUGGGAGGAGACAGUCACCAUGGACACCAGCACUUCCCCCACACUUGGAUCUUUCUGUAUUAAAAUGAAAUGCAGUUUUCUACUUAA